AUGGCAAAGGAAGUUCCCCAAAUCCCAACCGAAACGCCAAACGCUCUGGUGCGGUUCUUUUUAGUGCCUACAACAAACUUUAACCCCGAAGUUAUUGAUGGUCUCAUAAUCAAAGAAAACCAAGUAAGCUUUACAAUUGGCCAACGUGGUUGUACUUUGCUUGUAUCAAAUGGAUACCAUUAUGUGAGAAAUCGUCGAAGUGGCUACAAAACGUAUUGGAUAUGUGCCAAAAAGGGCAGUUUAAAAUGUAACGCACGAGUCGUUACCAAUAUUAUAGAUGGAGUUCAAAAAAUUGUCCUGCAAUCAUUGAAGCACAGUCACCCGGUUAAUGUGGUUCGAAAAAAACGAGGAUCUCCGCCAAAAAUCAAAAACGAUGAAGAAUAUAAGAAGACUCAGCCUAAAAGGAAAAAAAAUGCGAGACCAGAUUUAUUUAUUGAUUAUGGUUUCGAGUUUAUUGACUAAAUUAAAUAUAGAACAACAUACAAAUUAUUAUUUAGCAAUUAGCUAGGAGCAAACCCUUAGAUACUUUACAGAUCAUAAUUCAUAAUCUUGCCUAACUUUAAUUUUGGGAUUUUCAGAUUAAAUGCACAGUAAAGCUUUGCAAGAAAAAAACUAAAGCUCUUAACUAUUCAAACUCUGUUAAGGAAAUGAGAAAUAUAAUCAAAAUAUUGCUAAAAAAUACUCGGGUUGAAGAAAUUAAAUAAAUAAAUAUUAAAAAUUCA